AUGACUGAAGCCAAACAAGAUUUAAUUGAAUUAUCAUCAAAUCCUUUAGAUGUAUGGAUAAAUACACAUUAUGAUGAAUUGUGUGCAGGUAUGAUAUGUAAAAAUGCUUUAUUCUGCAAACCAUCAGACAUGAAAGACAAGAAUUUUCAAAUGAGUAUUAAAGAUAAAUGUGAUAAGAAACAGAGAAGAAUAGAUGGUAAACAAACAUGGUGUUAUGUUUUGAAAGAAGAAAUGAAAGGAUUAUAUAAACAGGUUGAACCAAACGAUAAUGAGGAUUCAUUUACUGAUGAUGAAAUACCUGUAAAUGAAGCUUUAUAA